AGUGCCCGGCCCCGGCCCCGGCCCGGCCAUGGCUGUCCGCGCCAGCUUCGAGAACAACAACGAGUUGGGCUGCUUCGCCAAGCUCACCAACGCCUACUGCCUCGUGGCCAUCGGCGGCUCCGAGAACUUCUACAGCGUCUUCGAGGGGGAGCUCUUCGGGACCAUCCCGGUGGUGCACGCCUCCAUCGCUGGCUGCCGCAUCAUCGGCAGGAUGUGUGUGGGAAACAGACAUGGACUGUUGGUCCCAAGCAGUACGACAGACCAAGAGCUACAACAUAUCCGCAAUAGCCUUCCAGAUUCUGUACGAAUUCAACGAGUAGAAGAGCGUCUCUCAGCGCUGGGCAAUGUCACUACCUGCAAUGACUAUGUAGCUCUUGUUCAUCCAGAUCUUGACAGGGAGACAGAAGAGAUCUUGGCAGAUGUACUGAAGGUUGAGGUUUUCAGACAAACGGUAGCAGAUCAGGUGCUGGUAGGAAGUUACUGUGUUUUUAGUAACCAAGGAGGAAUUGUGCACCCCAAAACUUCAAUUGAUGAUCAGGAUGAACUGUCUUCGUUGCUCCAGGUCCCACUCGUGGCUGGAACGGUGAAUCGUGGCAGCGAGGUCAUUGCAGCGGGAAUGGUUGUAAAUGACUGGUGUGCCUUCUGUGGGCUGGAUACAACCAGCACUGAGCUCUCCGUCAUCGAGAGUAUCUUCAGGCUGAAUGAAGCUCAGCCAAGUACCAUUGCUACCAACAUGAGAGAUUCCUUGAUUGACAGCUUGACAUGAGCAGUGUUGGUUCCUACUUUCCAGAAAGCUCCUAAGGAGUGAAGUGUCAAGCUGCACUUUGGAUUACAGACAUCUAGACCUUCUGAUGUUGUUUCUGCAGGCCUAGCCCAAGGAAGAGGCUACAAAACCAACUUUUUGUAGUGUUUUGUAAACCACGUAUUAUUACAAAAACUGACAAAUAACAUACAUAAGUUACAAAUAAGGAAUGUUCUUUAUCCCUUUGCUGACAUAUUCCAGUUCUUCAGCUGUGCUUUCUGGUUUUGUGAUGCUGACCGAGCCCCUCAAAUUAGCCCACAAUAUUUACUCUUGUGGCUCUUGGAUAUUGAUCACUAGAGAUUAUUUUGCCUUAAGUAAUAUACCAGUGUUCUACUGCACAGCAGUCUUUUUCGGCACAUACAUGGCACUGCCCUCUCUUUCCACACUCUUGCUAAAGAGCGGUGUUUCUGCUGUAGGUAGACUUAAGAGCCCUUUGUAUGUCCAGUACCAAAAAUACAGUAGUUUACUUGCCACAAAAUCAUUAAGAAGUCAUCACCUGCUCUCUUGCCCUGCCUUGCAGCUAUUCCCACAGGGCCGGUGAUUCUGAAGUGAUCAGCUCUGAUUAAAACUGGAGUUUCUCAAAGUCAGUCCAGGGGCUUCUAACAGCAACAGUGUGUGACUGCCUCUGGAACAGUGGUAUUUGAUCUGUUGUCUGUGGAUGGCCGGUGACAUGUGUGCUGCUUCUGAGGCAUUUGCAAGAGAGAGCCUAGGAAAGCAUGCUAUUGCCAGUGGGCUUAAAUUUUUUCUACAGGAGUUAGCCACCUAUGCUAGGAAACUCUUAGAAGUCAGCAAAUCGAAAAAUAUUUAAACCACCUUAUCUUGAGUUAUCUUGGAGACAAAGGUUAAGUAAAACAGUUCUAACCAGUUACUCCAUUCAGUCAGAUGUUAACAGAUUUGGGAGCUUGCUCUGCCCUUGUCAGGGAGUGAUGAUGACGAAAAGGAGCUGUAGAUCCUGCUUUCAGGUAGAAUAUAGUAAUUUGCUUCUAAACAGAGCUGUUGCUCACUGAUCUCUCAUUUCAUUUGCUUUUCUCCUGCUUGCCUGUGAAAAGUGUACUGAAAGCAUAGAAAUGCCUCCGCUUCACAUCCUAAGGGUAUGUGGAAGCUCCUCGCUUGCUUCCACGCAGCUGCGUUACUCUCAGCUGGGUUCUCUUGAGGAGUGCUGUCCUGAAGGCAGUGUGGGCAGAGCUCUUUUUCGGCCCUGGUGCUUCAGGCUUUGUAGAAAAUCAAGUAAACUUCCAUUUUUGUUUUACUGUCUGGAUGUUUAGGGAAGGUUUUAUAAGUUUUGGUUGAUUAAAGGUUGCUCCUUAAACUUCUAAAUAAAGAUUGCCAUAGGAUCUUCUCUGACCAUAGCAGUCCUGCCAUAUGGCCUGUCUAGAAUGGUAACUGGGCCGGAGGCUGCCGUUUCCAGACAGCUCACCUUCCUUCUGCCAUUGGGGAAGCCUGUAAGCAGCUCAUAGCUCCUUGCUACUAUGGCUAACAAUUUUUGAUGUUUAUGGCCCCUUUGAUCUGGUGGACUACCUUUCUUGGCACUGACUCCAGGUCUCCUCCUCUUUGCAUAUCUUUGUAUUUAGAGAGAGAAGCUGCUUUCCUUUGGCCACCUCGCAGGGCUCUGUUCUUAGGUAUAAAUGGCAAAGAGUGACUAUUGCUAUUGGUGUUAGCAUGUAUUCGUCAAGUGUGAAAUGAGUAAGGCUGAAGUUUUUCCUCUGCAACUUCUGUAACUCGUUUUUUUUUCAUUCGGGUUGAUAGGCAGGAAUCCUGGUUUAUAUUGGUGACCUUGAUGUGUGUUACGUGUUAAAAAUUGCUUAGAGGUAAACGAGAAAAAUAAUCCAGUCUCUGUGUUACCCAAAUCCUUAAGUAGGAAAGAUACUGGCACAGUGUUGGGGGUUGUGAUAUGCCACCAAGGAUUAGAGGCAGAGGCCACAACAGGAUAGUGCUAACCGUGGUGUGUGACCUCUUGACAAAAGUUGCAAUGAAGCUUGGGAACUGGAAGGUGGCAAAUGGGAUACCCGUUCUAAACAAGGGUCUGUGGGAAUUCUGAACUAGUAAGAUGGACCUAUGUACAAGGAAAACAGAAACUAUAAUAAAGAAUGGAAUUAGUAGAAACAUGGAUACCUGAUACCAUGAGAGAGUAUGAACUUGGUGUUUUAAUGGCAGGUUGUGUCUUAAAAGACCUGUGGAGUUCUUUAAAGGAGACCCUAGGGAUAUGGAGAAGGUCUGUUGUAAUGUUAUUUGUAUUUCCGAAAAGCAUGUGGCAGGUUUUUGUGCCAAAGGCUUUUAAGGACCCUGGGUGAAUGAUCCCAUGGAAUGAGAGGGAAGCCCUUUUACGUGCUUGAGGAUGGGGAAAAAAAAUCGGAGUAAAUGGUUAGAUUUUCUGGGAUUUCACGAGGAGCUCUGCUGGGAGCCAUGAUAUCUGGUGGUAUUGUGUCCUGUUUAGGAAAGGCAGUGAUUAGUUCAGGGAAUUUUGCCCAUACUGACUGAUGGGUUGGUAGAAAGGUACAUUCAGUGCAGCUGAACGUGAAGUGAAGCAUGUGGUUAAUCCAAAUUUUGCACCUGUAGUGAUGAACUCUGAGCAGCGCAAGAGCAAAUUCUUGGCCUGAAGGUACGUAUUUCAAUGAAGACAUGUGCUCAGUCUUCAGUAACAGUCAAAAAAGCAAACAAUGUUUGGAGUUAAUUAGGAAAAGAAAGCCUGAACAAAGCAUUAUUAUCUGUAAAUCUAUGAGGCAACUUUAUCUUGAGUACUGUGUGUAGAUCAGAUACAAGUGUUGCACAGUGGUUGCCAAGCUUUUCUGCAAACAUGUAUUUUGGGGUAAUGCUCACCUACUUCGUUGUUCAUUAAAUUUUGGUUCUUCUAUAAACUAAAAGCUCCAAAAGAAGCCAGGGGAAAGGAGGAUUGAGAUUCUCAUGCUAUUGCUGAUUACUUCCCAUGAGAACCUGCCUUGCAGUGUCAGAGCUUGCAGGUGCAGGGCCGUGAAGAUACGACUGUGAGGGCAACAGCGUGAAUCAGUAAGGGAGAAAUGACAGCUCAGGGGAAGGGUUACAGAAUGGCAGGAUUACAAGUGGCAGGCCCUUGCCAUUAGCUUGAGGCACUUAAAGCACUGUGCAACACUUGACUGACCCUUUUUAUGCGCUUAUCUCAAAGGUGGCACUCUCCAGUGGUGAUGCCGAAAGGUGGUCUUACAGAAUAGUCAAUAAAAUCAAGUUGCCUGUCCCCAGUGCUGGGUAUUGCUACUGCAGGUUGUCGGGAUUCUUAAAAAUGAAAUUGCUGAACUGUGAAGCUGUGGAUUACGUACCAUGGCUACACACCACCUUUGCUGUCAGGUAGUGGAAGGCAACACGUGACUUUGGGUAUUGCGAAGGGUUGCAGGAAUGAUCUGAGGAACUGUAGCUGAUCCAGCUGUGCUGGACAAAUAAGUCUGAUACUAUGAGAAAGGUUGGAAUUGAGCCCUGGGCUGAAUGUGACAGAGUUGUCCAGAGGUUUUGAGGGACGAAUGAAUGUCUUGCAACUCAAGGUUCAGUGAAGAAGUCAUAGGGUGUGUACCUUUGGCUGCCAUACUGUGCUUUAAUGUCCAAAAGAUUUUGUCAGGAUCCUUCCCAGGUUUUUAAAAACCUGAGUCCUCAUGGUGUGAGAUGGGAGAUCCCCUUGAGGUUUAAUGAGUAAUUAUAAGUUAGGAACAACUAAUCCCUCUUACAGUGGAGGACCACCUCUGCUCUGACUGUAGUGAUUGUGUAUCCCAGCACAUUUCCAACUUACCUGCAAAAAUGAGCCUUCUUUACUGGUGAUGAAAUUAUUCCAAGUAGUCAAAAACUGGGGAAAAAAAAAAUACACAAAAUAGAACUUUGAGUGCAGCAUAGUGUAUGUAGUGGGCUGCUCGCUGGAGGGCCUGCAACCGCUGCGCUCAGAGUAAACGUGUGCCAGGACUCCCCUCUGGCUGUACAAAUGGCCCGUGCUGCAGGGUGCUGUGUGUCACACCUGGAGCACACCUAGAAGAGCCUCUUGCUUACGGGAUUAGAGUUGAAUAAGCACUGCUGUUCCCUGCUCCCCUGUGGUGGCAAUAUGUCCUGGUGCUGCAUUUCUGGACAGGAACUGGAACAUGGCCACCUGUCCAUGGAGAUGCUUUAGCCAUGCUGAUGGGAGGCAGACCGAGUCAAUACGCUGCUCAUCAGGUGCUGUGCUUCUGUAGUGUAAUAGAGGAUCCCAGCAAAGAGCUCAGGUGUGGGAAUAUUAAGGAACUAUCCCUUACAUGAAUGCUGAUGUUUGGGCCCGGAUCCAGGUCACCCCAGGACUGCCCAGCUGCUAAUGUUAACAAAAGAGAGAUGAUGGCGGUGUGAAUGGGAUUGUACUCGGGGGAAGUGGGUCAGCUGCUCACCCACCUGCCCCAGCCCCCCCAGUGCCAACACCUCUAACUGCAGAGGGCUGUUUCUCAGCCCCUUAAACACCUACACAAAUACCUCACACCCCUGGAAAGCUCAAAUACGUAACAUCUGCCCUAGGAGCCAGUUACGGAGCAGUUAGAAGAGGCACCAAACUAUUUCCCUGGUUCUUUGAAGCAGCAGUUCUUUGAGGAAGGCUGAAUUUUGGCAACAUAGGGCAAGCGGCUUGCCUUAUUGCAGUGGGGUGCCUGGCUCCGCAAGGCAAUACGCAGCUCUCUGAGGAAAUGGCUCAGCUUGCUACAGACCCAGGCAUUGUGCUGCCUGCACAGCUUGUUACUCAGGAUAGGGUUUUGAACAGACCAAAAAUCUACCUUUGGGCAGGAGGAAGGAAAUACAAACAAAACCAGACAUUUCUCUAGGUUGUAAAUUAUUUUUUUUUUUUUAAUGAUGGCUGUUGGAAGUUGCUCAAAGGUUUGGGCUGUCACAGUCCCGGAAGAGAUGGCAGCGUACAGUUGAGUUCGAUGUGCCAUGUGGCUGUGGCGUUCAUAGUGUGCAUUCUACCACAUACAUAGUACACAUAGCAACGUACGGAGUAGCAUGUGUGUGGGGUGUCUAAUUAGUAGCUCUGAUUUCAUUUGGUCCUUUGCACUCCUUCACCCAUCAUGAGACGUUAUCACAUUUUUUCACUAAAAUUCAAAGUUUCGCAUCUACUAGCUUCUCACUUACUUUGUAAUACGUUUGUAAUAUUUUUUUUAUGUUUAAACACAAUAAACAGCUUGGCUAUGGAAAUCAAUUAUGAAUGACAAAAUACAGCUUGAGACCACGUAUUAUGCAGUCCUGGUGGACUUCACUAGAAGUAUCUAUUUGUCUAUCCUGCUUCACCAUAGCAAUAUUUGAGCACUAGUUAGAAAUUCAGAAUGCUAACAAUCUUUCUGCUUCUUCAUUCCUCAUCAUUGUAAUAUUUUUAGUGUGUUUGUCAUCCUUGGAUUUUUUUCAUAGCUGACAUUAUAAAGCUGUACUCUUUCUGUAUUAACUGGACAUUCUGUGCGUUGCACUUCCAUUGCACUGAAUAAAAUUCAG